CUCUCAAAACGACGAUGUAGUGCGUGAGCGUCAAUCACCGAAAAACCAUCGUCGCCGGAGACCAGCUACGUACACAACACAAGUCCGACUUCCUGCCCACUUAUCUCGGGCCGCACCACGUGCGAUCGCUAUUCUCAGCGCGAGCGCAAGCUCGUCACGUGCGCGCGGAUCGAUCCGUCCGCCAGGAUUCGAACGGGACAUCUCCGGACGUACAUCUUCUCGUAUAUUUUCCCUUCCUCCCUUCCCCCGCCGGUCACACGGUAAAGUGAACCCGUUCUCGUCCUGUGGAUUAUUAACUUCACACCUGUGGAUCCUGCGACGUGUCGUUCUUUGCACGAAAGAGAGCUUAACAGACUCCGCAACGAUGACGGCCAUGGUAGAGUCCGCGAAAGCCGAGGAGGGCAAGGCCUCAAAGAAGAUCGAGACUUUCGACGACAUCCUGCCGUAUGUCGGCGAAGCCAGCAGGUAUCAGUGGUUCCUGUUCUUCCUGCUGCUGCCGUUCACCUUCGUCUACGCCUUCCUGUACUUCGCGCAGUUCUUCCUCACCCUCGUCCCGGCCGAGCACUGGUGCGCCAUACCGGAGCUGCGCAACUUGAAUUUCACCGACCAAGAGAUAAUCUCGCUAGCGAUACCGCCGGCCACUGACGAGGAAUUGCGGCUGGAAACUGCCAUGCCGUUCUCAAGAUGCAACAUGUACGACGUGAAUUACACCGAGCUGUUCGAACGGGGCGUCAAGCAGGCCGAUCCGUCGUGGCCGACAACACGGUGCAAGCAAGGAUGGACCUUCAAUCACACGAUGAUACCGUACGCCUCCAUCGCCGCCGAGCUCGAAUGGGUCUGCGACAAGACUUUCCUCGGUUCCGCGGCCCAAUCGGCCUUCUUCGUCGGCAGCAUCAUCGGGGGCCUGAUAUUCGGCUACAUAGCCGAUCGUUACGGCAGAAUACCGGCGUUGGUGUCCUGCAACGCUGUCGGAUUCUUCGCUUCGAUCGCGACGGCCUUCUGCAACAGCUUCUGGUCCUUCUGUGUCGCGAGGCUGAUCGUCGGCUCGUCGUUCGACAAUUGCUUCAACGUUAUCUUCAUCAUAGUGAUCGAGUACGUCGGCCCGAAGUACCGAACUUUGGUGGCGAACAUGUCCUUCGGAAUUUACUUCGCCGCCGCCGCCAGUCUUCUACCAUGGAUCGCGUAUUGGAUCGCCGACUGGAGAAUUUUAAGCGUCGUUACCGCAUUCCCGAUGAUCGUCGCUUUCCUAGGACCAUGGCUCGUUCCGGAAAGUGCACGAUGGUACAUCAUGAGCGGCAAAAUUGACAAGGCGAUCGACAUGCUGAAGAAAUUCGCGAAGGUCAACGGCAAGGAUAUCAAGCCGGAGGUGUUGGAGGAGUUCGAGAAGAGCUGCAGGUCGAUGAUCGAGAAGGACCAGUCGCACAAUCAGUACACCGUGUUGCACCUCUUCAAAUUACCGCGGCUCGCCCGCAUCACCGUGAUGCUCGUGAUUUACUGGCUCUUGAUCAUCUUAGUGUUCGACGGACACGUUUGGAACUUGAAGUUGCUGGAUCCCGACGUAUUCACGUCCUUCUCAUUAGCCGCUCUGACCGAGCUUCCGGCCGCGAUUCUCCUGGCACUUUUCCUUGAUAGAUGGGGCAGACGAUGGAUGGGUUUCGCCUCUAUGUUCGUCUGCGGCGUUUUCUCGUUAAUUGCGCUCCUUACUCCCCCCGGUGGAGUUACAGUCACCAUGGCGAUCUUGGCGCGCCUCGGUGUCAACGUCGCCGCGAAUAUCGGUUUCCAAUACGCGGCUGAAAUGUUGCCGACCGUAGUGCGGGCGCAAGGUGUGUCGCUGAUUCACAUUAUUGGUUACAUCGCUCACAUCGUCGGUCCUUACGUAGUUUACUUGGCCGAUGUGAACGCGAGCCUGCCGCUGGUAGUCCUCGGCCUCUUGUCCUUCGCGGACGCGUUCCUGACACUGGCAUUGCCGGAGACUUUGGACCAGGAGCUGCCCGAAUCUCUGCAGGAGGGUAACGACUUCGGCGUGGAACAGAGCUUCUGGUGGAUACCCUGCAUAUCAUCCACCCCCCGGCUGAAGAGGUCGCUGAGGAAUCAGGAGGGUACGACGAACGUGGCCUUCCAUCACGGCAGCGUCCAGACGAUCGACUCCACCAGAUUAUAGCGGCCGUGCGAGGAUCCGCCAAAUCGUUGUAAAUAUCGCGACCGAAUCGCCCGUGUGAUCUUAAGUGUUUUUCUUCGAGCUCGUGACGCGCGAUGGACACGUCGAGCGCGUGUGAUGUGACCGGGGCGCGCAGUGGUGCGGUCGAUCGAGAACGGACGAUGACGACGCAAGUGCAGGAUGCACCUCCGGAUAUAUUCCGCUCAAAUGGACGCACAAGUGGACAUGAAAUGCGCGCGGAGUGCACGUCGAUUCGCCGAGCGGGGCCGUUUCUGGAAUGUGGGCUUGUUUCUCGGACCGUUUCUCCGCGACACACACACACACACACACACACACACGCAUGCACGAACGCACACACGGUAUAUACCGAUAUUCUCCCAUCGAUUGUCGACGCUCUCGAUUCUCUCGUAGCUCUCGCGCGAGACGCAGCGUGAUAUGAAGUUAUUUAACUGCGUUUUUAGCUUUAGAUUAAUCACGGUAAAUGAGUAAUUUACUUAUGUCGUAUUCCAGCCCGGUUUGUUCGUUGCUCAUUCCUUCUCCUCGAAGGACGAGGUUCUUCUUGACUUAGGAGGCAGAUCAUUAUUCGUAUCGAAAUGAGAGGGACAUACGGAGAUAGAUAGAUAGAUAGAUAGAUAGGUCGAGUCGUUUUGUUGUCCUAGCGUGAUUUUUUAAACGACACGGCAGAGACUGGACGAAUUGUGCGGACGAAGGGACCGUCAAAGUCCCUCUCUUGAUGCAUCAUCAAGAGUCAUUGCGAAAUUGCCAACAGCGACGGCAAUCACCAUCAAUUAGUUGCAUAAGUAGAAAAUUUUAAAUAAUUUAAAGCGGACAGACUAAGUGCUGCCUGCGUGCCGCAUAGCAAAGGGUGCCUUCCAUAUCUGAGGCGUUUACUGCCAAACUUGAAAAUUCUCCUUCGCGAGAAUCACGCGAAAUCGCGUAAGUUCUAUCCGGUUCCAAUCUCACCUACACCACUGUUUAGAAGCGACCGAAUUACCAAUGCGAGGAAACUGAGAAAUAAAAAUAAUACAUUCCUA